AUGCGACUUCGCGGUGUGUUUCGUGCAGCCAAGCUGCCCAACGGACAACGCGCCAUUGGCACAAAAUGGGUGUUCAAGAUCAAGCGUAAAGCGGAUGGAUCUAUCGAGAAGUACAAGGCACGACUUGUGGCCAAGGGUUUCCGCAAAAAGUGUGGCAUCGACUACACGGAGACAUUUUCGCCCGUGGUCAAGUAUGUGACGCUGCGAAUGGUGAUCGCAAUUUCCAAGCACUUUGGAUGGCCCAUCGACCAGCUUGAUGUGGUGACGGCUUUCCUGAAUGGCUUCAUGAAGGAAAAAGUGUUCUGUGUGAUUCCUGAAGGCGUUGAACUUGAUAGUACGUUCGACUGCCUGGAAUUGGUCAGAAGUCAAUCUACGGCCUCAAGCAAGCGUUUUAAGUGUGGAAUGAGACGUUCGACGAGUUUGUGUGCUCCAUUGAAUUUCAAGUAUCGGACUUCGACCCAUGUACCUACAUCAAGACUUCGGACGGCCAUUGUGUGUUUGUACUGGUCUACGUGGACGACGUCUUGGUGA